AUUUUAGAGUCCGAGGUGACCACCCUUAACGUAAACACCCUCUCACACCUUAAGACGUACCAUCUUACCGAACUUAAGACAAAGAAGAGCCUAGAUUUUCUUAAGGGUUGUGUUUUCACGGAAGGGAAGAAAGGUUUUGUCCACUUUUAGAUUUAAAUCUCCCCCGCGAGAUUUGGCGAGAUCUCGAAUUUCCAACAUGGCGGCGCUCCUGGCUACUUUGCUGCUUCUCGGAGUUCAAGGCUCCUUAGGAAAGACUUACGAAGACGGAGAAAAGGUGACCCUGUAUGUGAACAAAGUGGGACCUUACUUCAACCCACAUGAGACAUACAACUACUAUGAGCUGCCACUCUGCAGGCCUGAGAAGGUUGAAUUUGCCAGCCUGACAUUGGGUGAAGUUCUUCAUGGAGAUCGCAUGGCUGUGUCCACCUAUGACAUGAAGUUCAAAGCAUCUGUAGAGAAUGCUGAGCUGUGUAAACUAACACUGAAUGAUGAAGAUCUCGAGCAACUGAAGGAAGCCAUUGAAGAUCUCUACUACUUUGAGUUUGUUCUUGAUGAACUGCCCAUCCGUGGGUUUAUCGGCCAUUUGGAUGAGGGCGGUUUUCUCCCCCACAAACACAAGGUGUCCCUCUGGACACAUCACCACUUCAACCUGGAGUACAAUGGCAAUCAGAUCAUCUCCGCAAACGUGACGACCAGGGGCCACGACCCGUUGAGUCUAGACGAGGUUGAGGCACCGCUGGAACUAACGUUCACAUACAGCGUAUCGUGGAAGGAAACAACUGAGAAGUACGAGACCCGAGGACAGAGACUGAGAGAUUCCAGUUUCUUCCCAAAAACCCUGGAGAUCCACUGGCUGUCUAUCAUCAACUCCAUGGUCCUGGUGUUUCUACUCAUCGGCUUUGUGGUCAUCAUUCUGAUGCGUGUUCUGAAGAACGAUUUUGCGCGGUACAACACGGAGGAGGAAGACAGCGAGGACCUUGACCAGGACGAUAACGGGUGGAAGAUCAUCCACACCGACGUGUUCCGCUUCCCGCCACACAAGAGCAUCUUCUGCGCCAUCCUCGGUGUUGGAAGCCAGUUCCUGACGCUGGCGACGGGAAUCAUCGUGAUGGCGCUGAUGGGAAUGUUUAACGUGCACAAACACGGUGCCAUGAACUCUGCCGCCAUCUUGCUUUACGCGCUUACCUCAUGUGUGUCCGGUUACGUGUCAGGUAACAUGUUCAGGAAGCUAGGAGGACAUAACUGGGUGUGGAACAUCAUCCUGGUCUCAUGUAUCUAUACAGUGCCAUUCUUCCUCAUGUGGUCUGUGGCCAACUCUGUAGCCUGGUACCUGGGCUCCACACAGGCCCUCCCCUACACAACAGUCAUCCUACUGAUCCUCAUAUGGCUGCUGGGUAAGUACUGGCCAGCUCAGAGCCUGGUCUCCAGGCUUUAGUCAUGUAUAUAGGAC